AUGUCAUUGAAAUUAAAAAAUAAAUCCAAUACAAGCCGGUACAUAAAAACAGGAUUAAUAUCAGGAGCAGUAAUAAUAAGUACAAGUUAUCUUGCCUUAAAAACUUUUCCCCACUUAAAAACAUCAAUAUAUAAUUAUAUAACAGGAGAAGAUUCACAGACGGAAGAAGAACUCGAGGAAAUUGAAAAACAACAAGUUGUUAUUGAAAGUAAGAGGAAUGAUCCGCACAACAAAAAUAAAAUUAUUGAUAAAUUUCAAUCUCAACAAGCUUUUGAUGAUAAUGGAUUAAAUGACUCUAAUACUUGGUCAAUUAAAGAAAUUAAAGAUUGGUUAAUUAAGGUAUGUUCGUCAUGGGAUAUCAAAUAA